AUGGCUGUCAACAUCCCAGGACUGAUAGUGAUGAUGAUCUUCUACUUGCUGGUGCUCGGAACCGGCAUCUGGGCCUGCAUCAAAUCCAAACGAGUGGACAAGAGACUGGGAGACCGAACAGAGAUGACUCUGUUGGGAAACCGCAGAAUCAACCUGGCAGUGGGCAUUUGUACUAUGACAGCUACUUUUGUUGGAGGGGGCUUCAUUGUUGGAGUGACAGAGGCAGUGUACAGCCCUGCUAUGGGACUGACCUGGGCCGUCAUGCCGUUAACAGCAGCCUUUUCUUUUAUUGUUGGUGGAUUAGUUUUCGCCAAGCCGAUGAGAGACAAAAAAUAUUUGACAAUGAUGGAGCCUUUCCAGAUCAAAUAUGGAAAGGUAUUGAGUGGAGUGCUUUCUGUUGCUCCUCUUUUAGAUGAAAUUCUCUGGGUGACUUCAACACUUAUUGGCCUAGGUGCAUCCAUGAGCAUGGUUCUGGAUUUGCCUUAUGCUGUGUGUAUCUGGAUCUCUGCUGUAGUGGCCAUUGUGUACACGUUGUUGGGAGGCCUCUACUCUGUAGCCUACACGGACAUCAUACAAUUGAUUCUCAUCUUCUUCAGUUUGUGGCUGUGCGUCCCCUUCAUUCUGACCAACCCUGUGUCUGUUGACAUCACCAAGACCGCUUUCAACUAUACCUUCCAGGCCCCCUGGACUGGAACUGUGGAUGCAGAGAAAGCCUGGAUAUGGAUCGAUAAUUUCUUACUGUUGUCUAUCGGUAACCUGGGAUAUCAGGACUUCCACCAGAGAACCCUGUCUUCCAUCUCUUCAGCCACAGCCAAGAUCUGCUGCUUCGCCGCUGCGUUCCUCGUCAUCAUCUUUGGAAUCCCCUCUGUGUUGAUUGGAGCAGUGGCUGCAUCAACAGACUGGAACAAGACCACUUAUGGUUCCCCGUCUCCAUAUGAACGUGGGGAGGCGGGUCUGGUGCUGCCCAUCGCUCUGCACCACCUCACACCACCCUUCAUCUCCUUCAUCGGCAUUGGAGCUGUGGCUGCUGCUGUGAUGUCAUCAGCAGACUCGGCACUGUUGUCAGCAGCGUCCAUCUUCUCCUCCAACAUAUACAAGAACAUCCUGAGGACCCGGGCAUCAGAGACGGAGCUCCAGUGGGUGAUCCGUGCCACUAUAGUUUUGGUAGGCUUGAUAGGAACUUCACUUACCCUCCUGGAAAACAGCAUCAUGGUUUUGUGGAUCCUGGGUUCGGACAUAGCCUACACCUUCAUGUUGCCUCAGCUUAUCUGUGUCCUUUUCUUUGGCAUUUCCAACGGCUAUGGCGCCACGGCGGGCAUUGUGGUGGGGUUGAUCUUAAGAUUACUAUUUGGGGAGCCAUUACUUGGCUUACCAGUUGUCCUCUGCCUACCAGGUUGCACCUUUGUAGACGGCGUUUACGUCCAGCGUGCUCCCAUCAGGACCAUUUGCAUGCUGGCUCACAUGGCUGCCACUGUGUUGUUCUCCUACCUGGCGUCCUUGCUCUUUUGCAAAGGGCUGAUUCCAGAAAGAUGGGACGUGUUCAAAGUGAAACUGCAUCAGACGCCACAGGCAGUGAGCUUGAGAAACACCAACACGACCACAGCAGACAAGGGUGAUGAAGAGUCUGAAGUCAACAACGAGAAGGAUGAGGUCUUAGACGUGAUGCUACAUACAAACUGA